UAAAAGUGUUCAGGCUUUGGUCUGUUAUUGUAUCGCACAAGUCAGACGGAUAGGGCUUCUCUUUGGUGAAGGCUUUGGGUUUCCGAUUUUAGGUGUGCUCCGGCUUUGGGUUCGUUCGUUUGAGGCAGGGCUCUGCCUUUGCUUGUGUUCGCACAGCUUCUUCGGAUUAGGCGGAAGCAGGUUCGAAGGAAGAAAUACACAACGACUGGUUAACGUUGUAUUGCUUUGCAUCAUUGCAACUUGACAAUUAACUUAAUACAUAAUGGGGAAUAUCCAAGCAUCACUCAUCCGUCAGCCUCCGCCUCCGCCUCUGCCCUCUCAACACUCUCGCUCAUUGAUUGCUGCCAGUGAGGAGGAUGAAGAAGCUGUAGAGGUAUCACAUUAUACAAUUAUACAGUACAGACAUCGUUUCUUAUUUUUGACAACUUUUCUUUUUUGAUUGGCUAAAAAGUUUCGCCACUUCCCUUUAGUAAUUAAUUAGUGAUUCUUUUAAUUUCUUUCUUCUCCACACAAUCUUCAAUCAUACAUUUUAUCCAUUAUACUACAUGGUUUUCUAAUUUGGUAAAAUUAUAAGAAACAAAGGUAGUAUGUCUUUGCUUAUGCUCAUCUCGCCAUUAGGCGUAGAGUUAUUCUUUGCCUACAUGCCAAUUUAUACACACUUUGUACACAUCCGUAUAUUUUGUUCGUGUCAAACUCUUGUGAUACGGACAAAAUACAGGGGACAUGUAUAAAAAUGUACAAAUGAGCAUGUACGAUUGUAAUCACGUAGUCUUGGUUUAAAAAAGCGCAUCUCAAGCACGCAAAGGCGCAAGGCGCACUUGGGCGAUGUAUUUAUCGCAUCAUACACCCUAGGCGGCGUAGGUUCCAGGAGGCGCGCUUUAAUCCGCCCUUUUUGACGCCAUUUGCAUGUCCGAGAGGCGCGCGCUUCUCAAGCAUCAUCGGUGGGACUUGGGAGUGUUUGAUGGAGUUGCUUCAGUCUUUUGGCGAUUCCAACUCCAAGUCUCUCUAGUCUUCUUUCUUCUUCCUUGCCUUCUGCUUUGGGGUUUCUUCCGUUGCUUCUUGCGUAGCAGUUCCGACCCUGUCUUUAGCUGCUAUCUUGCAUCGCAGAUUGCAGGAGGAACUUAUUAUUUGACGAGGUGGAGAAUGAGAAUCUCAAAAAGUUUUAUUUCUCUUCAUGAUGACUUGCUAUUUGAAGUUCUUACACGUGUCCCGGCUCAAGAUAUUUAUGAUGCGGCGAUGUAUGUUUGUAGGAAGUGGUACCGCAUAAUUCAUACCCACAAGUUCAUAAAUGCACAUCUUCGGCAUUCAACUCAUGGUCUUUUGUUUCAUUGUCCCCUUACACCUACACUUUUUAUGGUGGCUAGGCAAGGUCAAUUGGAGAUAUCUUAUUUAACUAAAUUAAAACAUCGUAGUUCAGCUAGCUGUAAUGGUUUGCUUUUGGAGAUCGUAAACAACCAGGAUUCAUGGACUCCCUAUAUAUUAAACCCUAUAACAAAGCAAAUUUUUGUGCUCCCUAAAAUUAAGACAGCAAUCACUUUAGAAUAUUUUGCUAUCUCUUAUGUUGCAACUUCCAUGGUGUAUAAAGUGGUCGCAGUUGUUGGUUCUACGCUAAAAAUAUUAACGGUGGGGGUGGAUAAUUCCUGGAGGACCGUUUGUAUCAAACACUGUCCUCUUGAGGCAUUUACCAAGAUCCCCCGUACAACCGAAGGUUUUGUGCAUUGGGUGACCAGGACUACAGUUUUGACUUUAAAUGUAGAGACUGAAAUGGUUGAGGAGAGCAGUGAGCCGAUCCCUCAACUUGGUGCACUUCUUGGGAGUAUCUUGGUGUCGACAGGAAGCAAGUUGUCUUUCUUGAUAAAGUUUGAGAGAUUUGGGUGGCAUGUUUGGGAGAUGGAACCAGAAAGCAAAGAGUGGAGAAAGCUGCAUAUUGUUAUUUGCUUGAAAGAUCAUAAGAGGAAAUUCCAACGAUGGGGUUUAGAAAAGGGGAAAGAGGUCUAUCCGAUUGGCUGGAUAAAAUACAAAGAGCUAUUGGUCUUGAUUCCGAGUGGCGUAAAAUCCAUGGAAGUGGCAUCCACUAUUUUUGUGUACAACCUUGUUACACACGAAGUUGUCAAAAAGGAUCUGCCUGACUACGUUGCAGCAUACUCACUUAUACGCCACCAGAAUAGCUUGGUAUGGUUGCCUGGAUCCUCCUAAUACUCUUCUACUAUGUAGAGUGAAUGUUGUUCCAUCCCCACACAAACUUUUUUUUUAUUAGGUUGAACAUCAGGUAUGCAUUGGAAACGUGAAGUUCAUUUACUUUUAAUAUCUAAGAUACAGUUUACCUUUUAACUUGCGACUCAAGAAGAUUUUGUACACUUUGUAUUCAACUAUUGUGCCAUGUUUUAACAAAAACUUUAUUUCAUGAUUUACACCCCUU